AUGGAGGGCAGCAGCAGUGGAGGGUAUGGACCCUUCCACCUGGCUGAGGACUCCUCAGUGGGCACCACAGUCACUGUAGUGUCGGCAUGGGAUGCGGAUGAGUGGGGUGGGGACAACUGGCAGGUGGACUACAGACUUGAAUCUGGGAAUGAGGAAGAGGUUUUCACUCUAGUGACUGACAGACAGACCAAUGAAGCUGCCCUCAUCCUUGAUAAGGUGCUGGACUUUGAGCGGGAGAAUGAGUACAUACUGGUGCUGAGUGCUCAGAACCCAGUUGCUCUGGUCCGAGGCAGAUAUGGACCGGCAUCCACAGCAACUGUCGCCAUUUUUAUCGAUGACAUCAAUGAAGGGCCCGUUUUGUCUCAGAGCCAUUAUGAAGUCACUGUCAGAGAAGGGGAGGAGCCAGGACGUGUUAUUGCCACAAUCAGAGGUUAUGACCCUGACUCUCAUCCAAUCAGGUAUUCGCUGAGAGGAGACACUAAGAAAUAUUUCUCUAUUGGGAAGUACUCAGGAGAGCUCAAGACGGUCCAGGCUUUGGACAGAGAGGAGAACAGCACCUACACCAUGGAAGUGGUGGCUGAAGAUGGGCGUAAUUCCUCUUUGUCGGCCUCCACGCUGGUGACAGUGCACAUUCUGGAUGUAAAUGACAACAGCCCAGUUCUGGUGGGCGAUUACUCCUGGAAAUACCUGUGCACACCUCGCUGGGAGGAUCAGGCUCUGGUUCUGGCCUCUCGGGACAGCGAUGGGCCCCAGCAUGGAGGAAGGCUCAACUUCUCCCUCCGCAGUGACGCCACUGUCCGCCGCAACUGGAAGCUCACUCCUAUCAAUGACACCCACACCAACCUGUCUUUGAAUGUCCCAUACCUGCCUCCAGAGGUUUACAUCGUAUCAUUUACCAUCUCAGACAGCAGCUCUCCACCCAGAAGCACGUUCAUCAAUCUGCCAGUGACGGUUUGCCCAUGCAAUGUGAGAGGGAACUGUAGAACAGCACCAAAACAGCUUCAGGGCAUGCCCACUAUUCAGUCAACAGUGGGCAUCCUGCUCGGAACUCUGGGAGUUAUAGGUGUCAUACUGAUUGUUAUAUUUGUGAGACUGUCCUACCAGAAUUCAACACCACCAAACAAAGGCUGCCAGGAACGAGUGCCACUUAAAGUCUCUCUCUAACUUCUGAGAGUUUUUAGAUCAUUCGGUCAUUUGGUCACUACAGUUUUGAAAGUAGCAUCAAC